AUGGCACGUCGUCACAAAUUACUUAAUACGAAAAUUCUGGCUGGUCAUACACUUGGUUUGGUUGAAGUAGCCUUUCAUACUACUCGUUUGAAUCGAGCAAAUAUGGAACAGCUGCCUUUUCCUGAUGAAAAUUUUCAUGAAGAUAUCGAAGAACAAUUUCUAAGAAAUAAUAAAUUUACUCUUGAACAUAUCCAUCAUUGUAAUGGACGAGCAUUUGUUCCUAAAGUUCCUGUUCAUAUUAUAUCUAUUACGAUUGAAAAUUCUCAUGGAGAUUUUCGACAAUUACUUGAUCCAUAUUUAAAUCCAGAUGAAGACGAUAGAUAUCCAUGGUUUCCAGGAAAAAUUGGUCAAAAAACAUUGGUUAAUCAAAAGAUGCUUGAUGAAGAUUGUAAUCAUCUUACUGCUUAUCUCAAUAAGGUUGUUACACAUCCAAAAUUUCGCACACAUCCAGCAACGCGUACAUUUUUCAAUGUAAGUUGUUUAUCAUUCGUCGAUGGUCUAUCAACAAGUCGAAAAGAAGGUUCUCUAUUAAAACAAUCCCAUUAUUACAAUCGGAGUCGUCGUACUCCCUUUGAUCAACCAUUAAUCACGAAAUUGGGUAAACAUAAUUACGAAGAAAGAUGGCUUGUUAUAAAGGAUACAUAUGUAGUUUAUAUGCAACCUGAUACAUAUGAAAUACUUUUUCCAAUAUUAGUUGAUCGUAAAUUUGAAGUGACACAUGGUCGUCAUCAUAUUGAUAAUUAUUAUAGAAUUAAGAUAAAAAAUAUACAAUGUAAAAUAGUUCUUAAAUGUCGAACAUCACUUGAAUGUGAAGAAUGGAUGCAAAAUUUUAAGAUGCUUAUUGAACAACCAUAUGGUUUUAUUGGCCGACAUGCAAAUCGUUUUAAUUCCUAUGCGCCCAUUCGAGAAAAUCAACGGGCUCAUUGGUUUAUCAAUGGCAAAUCAUAUAUGAAAGCUGUCGCUAGAGCACUUCUAACUGCAAAAGAAGAAGUUUUUAUAACCGAUUGGUGGUUGUCGCCUGAAAUUCUGAUGAUACGACCAACAGAAGACGAAACAUAUCGUCUGGAUAAUUUAUUAGCCACAGUGGCUCGUAGUGAUCGUAUGAAAACAGCAUUACAUUCUCUUAGUCAAAUCAAUGAAGAUACUGAAUCUCUUGACUUAACUUCUACCAAUGAAACACAAAUUUAUAGCAAAUCAUGGACAACCAAAUUGGACCAAUUAACGUCAGCAAGUAAGACUAAACCUGAUAUCAUAUUUAUAACAGAAAGCCAAGACAGCGACGACUCUGAUAGUGACGAGAGCUUCGACGAACAACAGUCAGUAGCUUGUAUUAUGAUUUCUGACAAUGAUAGACGUCAUCGAUUAUUCAUUGGAAAAGAUUAUGCAAAUGAUUAUGAAAAAGGAUUUGAAAAAGCUGUAGCACCCUAUGAAGACAAUAUUGAUCGAAAACAUGUACCUCGUAUGCCAUGGCACGAUGAAGCUCUAGUUGUAUUUGGUCAAGGAGCUCGUGAUGUUGCAAGACAUUUUAUUCAACGAUGGAAUAUUCAUAAAUGCGAAAAAAAUUUGAACGAUGAUUCAUAUUCAUUUCUUUUACCAAAGUCAUAUAGUGAUAUCGAAGAUUUAACGGUAGAUAAUUGGAGGGAAUUUCUCGAUGAUGAACCAUUUUGUGUUGAUACUCAAUGUGUACGUUCUACUUCAUUGUGGUCAUCGGGAAUAAAAUCAACUGAAAAGUCUAUUCAAAAUGCAUACAUACAAAUGAUUGGUGCUGCUAAACAUUAUAUAUACAUCGAAAAUCAAUUCUUUAUUACUAUUGUUGGUGAUAGGCUGGUUAAAAAUGAAUUAGCUAAAGCUCUUUUUAUGCGUAUAAAACAAGCACAUGAAUCGAAAGAAAAGUUUCGUAUUUAUGUUGUGAUACCACUUUUCCCCGGUUUUGAUAGUCUCAAUGCUUUACAUGCUGUACUCUUUUUCAUAAUGCGUUCGAUUACUAAAGGUGGUAAUUCAUUAUUUUGUCGACUUGAGAAAGAAGGCAUUACACCAAGCGAUUAUAUUAGUCUUUUUGGCAUGCGUAAUUACGAUGUACUUAUGGGUCGUUUGGUCACGGAAAUAAUAUAUAUUCAUUCGAAAUUAAUGAUUAUUGAUGAUUCUAUGGCGAUAUGCGGUAGUGCAAAUAUAAAUGAUCGUUCAUUACUAGGUGAUCGCGAUAGUGAAUUUUGUAUUGUAAUAAAGGAUCGUGAAGAAGUAGAUGGUCGAUUCAAUGGAAAACCAGUUCGUGUAGGAAAAUUUUGUAUUCAGUUUGAAAAUCCAAAUAAUAUUGAUAUAACUGAUCCAGUAUCAGAUGAAUUUUACACUUAUUUUCGACAAGUAGCACGAAAGAACACAGAAAUUUAUGAAAAAGUGUUUGGCACAAUACCAACGAAUCAAAUUCGAACAUUUGCUCAAAGUUCAAAGUACAGUGACGCAAAAUAUAUGAGAGAUACAGAUCCAUUACGAGCACAAGAAGAAUUGAAAACUAUCCAAGGUUUUGUUGUUGAAUAUCCAAUUUAUUUUCUUCAUGGUGAAAACUAUUUACCUAAAAAAGGAUCUCGUGAAGGAAUAGUUCCAUUGGUAACAUGGACAUAA